AUUUAAUUUCUGGACGGAAGAAGACUGACGACUGACUGGAAGGUGUCGGCGAGGGACUCGUGAGCCCUUUCUCUCCUUAUUAGCUCCAUUCACAAAAUCAUUGCAUUCCAUCAUCACAGCAAUGUAGAGGCAUUCCCGCUCGGAGGAGGAAGGGUCCCAUUGACUGCUGAGGCUUAGCGCCUCUCCCCAACAGCGAGCCCCCUUUUCAUUGCAGCACCCCACCCCAUCUCUUGCCGCUUUCUUUACAUCUAAUUUGCCCCUUCCCUGGCUUUCUUGCGUUCCCGUUCAAGGGAGCAGGAGGCGUCGCGUUGGGGUUCUCGCGUCGGCUUCCCGUGACAGAAGACAGCAGUUUUGCAUAGAAUACAAUCAGUAAGCAACAACUGGCAACCAGCGAAUGGCCUUGCAACGAAACAGUUGCCGCAAGUGACGGAGCGACUCAUGUGGCCGUUUGUCGAGAGCGUCGGUUUUACCAUCGAGGGCUCGGUGUGACUUAGCAACCGCUGUUGCUAAGCAAAGUCCUUUCGCCGAAGUUGCUUGAGCGUCACUCCACAGCCAUGAAAGGCGGCUCGGAGGAAAGCAUGGAAAGCGCCAGGCCGUCCAACCUGCAAGCUUUUGCCAACAUCUCCACGCUGCACGGCAUGAGUCACAUUUUCUCCUACGGCCACAUGACGUUCCGCCGCUUCCUCUGGACGCUUUCCUUCCUGGGUUCGCUGAGCUUGCUGCUGCUGGUGUGCAUGGAUCGGGUGUCCUACUACCUGGAGUACCCUCACGUCACCAAACUGGACGAGGUGGCGGCCACCAACCUCACCUUUCCCGCCAUUACCUUCUGUAACCUCAACGAGUUCCGCUUUUCCAAAAUCACCCGGAAUGACCUCUAUCACGUGGGGGAGCUUCUGGCCCUCCUCAAUAAUAACUACCAAAUCGCCAACCCGCAUUUGGCCGAGCCUGAGGUUCUGGCCGCCCUGAAGGAGAAAGGCAACUUCCAGAACUUUAAGCCCAAACUCUUCAACAUGACCGAUUUCUAUAACCGCACGGGUCACGAUAUCGGCGAUAUGCUGUUGCAGUGCACCUUUCGCGGGGAGGAUUGCUACUCGGCUAACUUUAGCACGAUUUACACACGCUACGGGAAAUGCUACACUUUCAACUCCGGACUCGACGGCAACCCGCUGUUGACCACCUUGAAAGGAGGCACAGGCAAUGGCUUGGAGAUCAUGCUGGACAUUCAGCAGGAUGAAUAUCUUCCUGUCUGGGGGGAGACAGAUGAGACCUCCUACGAAGCGGGAAUCAAGGUUCAGAUCCACAGCCAGGACGAGCCGCCCUUCAUUGACCAGCUGGGAUUUGGCGUGGCUCCUGGUUUUCAAACUUUUGUAUCAUGUCAGCAGCAACUGCUUCAAUACCUCCCUCCGCCUUGGGGUGACUGCAAGUCCACUCCCAUCGACUCGGAGUACUUCUCCACGUACAGCAUCACCGCCUGCCGCAUCGACUGUGAAACUCGCUACCUGCUGGAAAACUGCAACUGCAGAAUGGUCCACAUGCCGGGGACCUCCACUGUGUGCACACCUGAGCAGUACAAAGAUUGCGCUGACCCGGCCUUAGACUUUUUGGUAGAGAAAGACAACGAUUACUGUGUGUGUCAGACCCCCUGCAACAUGACUCGCUAUGGCAAGGAGCUGUCCAUGGUUAAGAUCCCCAGUAAGGCAUCGGCUAAGUAUCUGGCUAAGAAAUACAACAAAACUGAGCAGUAUAUCGGAGAAAACAUUUUGGUUCUGGACAUCUUCUUUGAAGCUCUGAAUUACGAGAAGAUCGAGCAGAAGAAGGCAUACGAAAUUGCCGGGCUUCUGGGUGACAUCGGAGGGCAGAUGGGUUUGUUCAUAGGAGCCAGCGUGCUGACAAUACUGGAAAUAUUUGACUACUUAUACGAGGUAUUCAAAGACAAAGUUUUGGGUUACUGCAUGCGCAAGAAGCGACCGCAGCGCUGUCAGAGUGACAAUCUGGAGUUUCCAGAGACCCCAAGCAGCCCCGGUGUCACGCCUAAUCAUGCCCCCAGAGCACCUGUGACACACUCCGGAGUCACUCGGACAGUCUCGGAUUCACGCCGAACAUGUUACCUCGUCACCCGACUCUAGGCAAUUUCGAGGAGUUUGCUUGUUGACAACCUGAUGUUUGUGUUUUUUGUUGGGGUGAGGGGGGCGGCGGGGGGGGGGGACAGCAAACUGUGAAACAAUUGAUUUAUCAGAGAAUAACAAAUACCGUAGAAGUGUACAGUAGUUUCUCAAUACCUGGAUUGAAAUAGAAUACUAUCAUAAAAAGAAACACAACUCAGGUUUAAAUGCGACAUAAUUUCUUCAUGUUUUUUCCCCCAAAAUGUCACUUUUCAAUCCCAGUGUCCAAAAAGCAAGUGAAGUUGCUACGUGACCACAAAGAAAACCACAUGGCUUCUUUAUAUGUGCUCCUUCUCCAGGGUGACCUUAGCAGACGGAUUGUUGUUGCUGUUGAUCUUAAAUCCAUCAUGUCAUAUAUGCUAAUCAGAAUGGAAAACACGUGUGAUCAUUCACUUUGCGGAUGCUAGCAAAGCUGAAAACAUCUUUCGUUGCCUUUCUUAAUCAUGUCAAGGGUGUCUUAUUUCAUUGGGAUGAAGGAGUAUGAGGGCCACGCUGAAAGACUAAAAUAGGAAAAGUAGUACAAAGGUCCUUUUGUCAUGCGAUGGAAAUUUUGACAAAAAAUAUACACAAAAUAUUUAUCAUAUCUUAACAUUUGUUCAUUUUUUGUAAAAAAUAGCUAGCCUUGAAAUAUUACAACUAUUUCUAGUAGUACAGCGUGAUUUUCACCCCAAAAAUAUUUUCUCGUAAAAUUACAUAUUCCUGGAAAGACCGUGACUGUGAUCGUUUUAACUUCAUACUAUUACAAAAUAUUCCGUGGUAAUAUAAUCCUCCCAUCGGUACAAAUAAAAACAUUUUCUUAUUUGUCAACGUUACAUCAUUACUCGCAUAUUCCCGUAAUUCUCUGACUUGCUGCACUGUUCCUUCUUCUCAGUGUGACCUCAAUUCUUCUUCAUCGAUAAAUCAGCACAAUGCCUUGUGAUAGUAAUCUAUUGUCUACAGAAGCUCCGAUCAAAACGGUGACCUGGAGCGUGUAUAUAACCACAAAUGAAUGCCAUAAAGAAAUGCCGUACUGUUCAUUCGUGUCGUGUAUAAAUUACAGGAACAGGUACAGUAUAUAUAGACCUUAGACCGACUGUUUCCAUGUGUGGGAUGUAGGCCAUAAGUGUCUUGGUGAUUAGCACUAACGUGACUUGAGAAUCAUCCACAAGUGACGCACACACGUUCCGUUCCUUAACGACACAAACGCAUUGUACGAUUCCACCGUUGUAUCCCGUUGUUAUUCUUCUUAUUCUAAAUAUUCUUCAACGUGUAACAAAAGUCACAAAUGACACUUUGUGAUGUAACAACGAUCGAGUAUAAUAAAGUGGAUAUUUACCCA